ACAAGAUAAUGGUUCAGAAGAUUCUUAUUAUCAGGUGACUACUAUUGAUAUGACUACUAUAACUGAUAUAAUUAUAGCUGAUACAAUAACUACUAUAACUGACACCACCAAUUUUGUGGUAACAAAUCAAGACCAAAAAGAAAAAGAUAAUAUAAAGAAUAAAACCAAAGAUAUGGGAUUAUUUUUUAAUGGAAAAGGAAAAAAGUAA